UAUUCACUACCCUCUUCAUAUUCUCUAGUUGUCCUUUUCUCUUUCUCUUUCAAUCUUCCAACAAUGGCUUCUUCCUCAACCAACCCAACAAACCUUAAUCCAUUACACUUCUACCCUCAAUCAAACUUCAACAUCCCAAGCAAAAACUAUAGUCACACAAUGACCCUUGAAACCCUAGAAAUUUCAACAAACAACAUUGAAGAAAAAGUAGCAACAAUAGAACUUUAUGUUCAAGGAUUCUACAAACUUUUUGUUCAACCCUUUUAUGGAUUUCAACCAUUAGCAACAGAAAAUGAUUUUAUUGUGUCGCCAAAGUAUAGAUACAAGUUAAAGUUUCCUCUUUUCUUGGUCACUAAAAAUCCUUACUUUUUACCUUUUAGUGUGUCUCAAAAUUUGGCAACAUUACCCAUAAGCACUGGUUUGGCUUCAUAUAUUGAACCAUUCAUUGUUCACAAUGCUAUUGAAAUGGGACAAAGGAAUGGAGACAAGGAGUUUAAGAUUGUUUUUGAUGUUAAGGUUGUUGAACUUGAUUUGGCAGAUUAUUGUGAGUGUGAUGGUUAUCGUAGACGCGGUCUUAUUUAAGUACUAGGAUUAAGGAUUGAAGAUAAUAGAUUAUGUUAUUGUCUUUGUCUGGUUAUUUUAUUUUAGUUUAUGUUAUGUAGAAAGUUUAGCGUUUGUUUGGUAGCGUGUAGGUAAAAGCAUGGCAGCAAUGUUACGCUAAACCAUAGCAGGACACAAGUUUGCAACUUCAAAUGUCAAACCAAACAGUCGGAGGUGU